GAAAAAUAAAACGUCUUAUUUGUUUAUUUUUUUCGUUAUGUGUUUUGAGUAGUUAUCAGGAGAUUUGCUGCGGUGAUUACCAGCUUAGUAUGUAUUUCAGUAAUGAUCGAUCUGCAUGUAUUUUUACUUAAAGAAAAAGCAUUAAACGUGAUUAUUUGUUUUGUGGCAGGUGACUGGAAAUUCUAAGAAACAUGAAAGUUCUUUGGGAAGCAAUUAUGUGUGCAAAGAAGCAAACUCAAGUUGUUGCAAGAAGGUAUUCUGGAUUCAUGGUGGAGUCGAGUGCCUCAGAGCCUUGCAUUGUAUGGGACAAAGCAAAACCAUUUUCAAACAUCCCAGGCCCCCUGAGACUGCCUCUCUGGGGUAACUUGUACUUGUAUAAAUUUGGCUACUACAGAGUGAGUCAGUACCACAAGGUGCUAGAAGACCUCCGGAGGAAAUACGGGCCGCUGGUGAGACAAGACCUGGGCUCCAGCACAGUCAUCCACGUGUUUGACCCGGCAGAUAUCAAGAUAGUGUAUGGGAAUGAAGGGCGACUCCCAUAUGUGGCUCCGCUGCAGGAGACAACCCAACUGUACAGGCAGCAGCGAGACAUGUCUCUUGGUCUAGGCAAUAUGAAUGGCAAUGAAUGGUUGAAGCUGCGUAGUGCAGUCCGCCAAAUGAUGCUUCGCCCUAAAGAAGUGAGCUAUUACUUACCAUGGGUGAAUGAUGUUGCAGCCACCCUUGUUCAAAGAAUUGAUGCCAAAAGAAAUAAAGAAGGUAUCGUUGAAAGUCUUCGUGAUGAAGUUGGAAAAUGGUCCCAAGAAUCAUCUGGAAUGAUAUGUUUCGAAAGAAGACUUGGCUGCUUUGAUGGUGGACAAUCGGAAGAUUGUGCUUCUCAAAUGAUAGAUGCAAACAAGACUAUAUUUAAACUGUCUGGCUUGUUAAAGUUUUCACUUCCCAUCUACAAGUACGUUUCAACCCCGAAAUGGAGACAGUUAAUUGAAGCAGAGGAUUUCUUUUAUAGAACUGCUCUUGGGUACAUAAACACUACAAUUGAUAAGCUCAAAGAUCCAAAUAGCUAUGGCAAAUACAAUUUCAUGUCUUACCUCUUGUCGAGGAAAGAACUAACACCAAAAGAUGUCAUCAUCAUUACUUUCUCUCUGUUUGCUGAUGGACUUUCUACGACUGUCCCAGCUCUGUUGUUCAUUUUGUACUGCCUGGCAACCAACCCUGAGGUGCAGAGCAGACUGCACGAAGAAAUAACUACAGUGACGACAGCAGGGCAGCUUGUGUCCUCAGAAUGUCUAAAUAAUCUGAUGUAUCUGAAAGCUGUGGUAAAGGAGACUCUCAGGUUGUAUCCAAUUGGAACUGAAGUUUCUCGCAUUAUUCAAAAGAAUCUGGUGUUGUCAGGUUAUCAGGUUCCAUCUGGGACAAACGUGCAUCUGAAUGCAAAUGUGAAUUUCCUGUCUGAAGAAUUCUUUGAAAGGCCAAUUGAAUUUCGGCCUGAACGUUGGUUGAGAAGCCAAGAAUCGCAGAAAAUUCUGCCACAUUUGCAUACACCAUUUGGACAUGGAACACGCACGUGUGCAGGCACUACAACAACACUUCAGAACCAUUUGGAGGCAAAACAUGCUGUGUUGUACAAGGAACUAAUGAAAGACAAAGAAAAAAUUCAUGAGCUUGAAGGAACUUGUGCAAAAAAAAAACCAGUGCUGCAGCCUACUUUAACUGAAAUGUUCAGAAGUACGCAGAAGAUGUCACCAUCCGACCCUAAAGCACAGAGCAUAACCAAACAAAUUGCCAAAAUGGUGGCAACAGAACUUUUGCCGUAUGAGUUUGUAGAAGGGUGUGGAUUUAAAGAGUUAAUGGGUCACAAAAAUGUUGCACCUACAUACACAGUACCAUGUAGAACUACAUUUUCUGAACAUUAUAUUCCAGCUCUUUAUGAGGAAACAAAACACUCUCUCAAGAAAAUGCUUGUACAAGAUUUACCAACAAUAUCAUCCAUUGCAUUUACAUCUGAUGGCUGGACUUCUCGCUCAACUGACAGUUACAUUAGCCUUACCUGUCAUUAUCUCCGACCUGACUUCACGUCUGUGUCAUUUGCAAUGAGUAACACUGUUGUAAAUGAAUCCCACACAAGUGUUCAGGUGGCUACUACCAUAAAAAAUGUUCUUAUUGACUGGGAAAUUGAUCCAGCAGUGACAUCUAUCCCAUUAUUCUGCAUCACUGAUAAUGCCCAUAAUUUCAGACAGGCUUCUGUGUCAUUAUUUAAAGAUGGUUCCAGAUCAUGUUUUGCUCACACCCUUCAAAUUGCAAUUGAAAACAGUAAGAAUGAUUGCCCGGGUACAACCACACUUCUUAGUAAGGCCAGGAGUAUAGUUGGUCAUUACCGAAGAAGCACUCGUGCUAGGAAAAGACUUCACACAUUCCAGGAACAGUUGAACAUGCCAAAACUAGAAGUAAUUCAACAUAUUGAUACACGUUGGUGUUCAGAGUACCAAAUGCUCAAGAGACUGCUGGAAAUGAAACCUGCUCUUGUAGCCGACCACGUGAACUCUGGCGAUACAGACAUGCUGACCGCCUUGGAAUGGAAACAUGCUGAAAACUUUGUUCAAGUUUUACAACCACUUGCAGAAGCCACAGAAGAAAUGAGUGGAAACACUUAUCCAACAUUGUCCAUGAUCAUUCCAGUACUUCACUGUCUUCUUUGUAACCUUGAAUCACACAUCACUGCCAAAAAAGAUGGCAUGACACUUGCAAGAGCAUUGCAUAAAAAUCUAAAGUCAAGAUUUCCGAACUACAUGCAAGAACCCCUACAGCGUGCUGCAAUGUUGGUUGAUCCAAGAUUUAAAGGAGUGCUUCUAUCUACAAUUGAAUCGGAAGCCAUUCUUUUGUCAGAGAUAAAAAGUUUAAAAACUGAUUCCAAUCCUGUACAAGAGGCUAAAUCUAGCAUUCCAAACUCUGCACCAACAUCUUCUCUAUGGGCUGUCUUCGAUAGUAUUCCAAUGCAAGAAAAUAAAGAUUAUGAUGAAGGAGAAGAAGAAGUGCGGAGGUACCUAAAAGAACCUCGUAUCAACAGACAUGACAAUCCAUUAAAUUGGUGGAAAAAUGAAGGUACAAAGUACCGAUAUUUAUCCAAAGUAGCUCUGAAGUAUCUGGGGGUUCCUUCCACACAAGUAAAUUCAGAGCGUCUCUUUUCAGCAGCUGGAAAUGUUGUUUCAGCACGAAGAGAAAACUUGCUACCUCAGCAUGUCGAGCAAUUGGUGUUUUUACAUGCCAACUUGAAAUAAAAGCUAACCUGUUGACCGGAUAUAAGAGCCUAGUGUGUAAAUCUUUCAAUGGUGUUUUGUGUGUGUAUAGUAUUAGUCAUUUUUAAAUAUUUGUAGAACAUACUUCGUUUUGUUUGUUCUCCAAUUGAACAUGGGGGUUAAAUAAUUUUUCCCAGUGUUAUAAAAAUUUAUUAAACUUAAAACAAUGAAAACUUUUUGAUGAUUGAAAAGAACAGUGAUUAAUUUAAGAUGUGCAAUUGUGUACAUGUACAUGUUUUUAUGUAGAGAUUUUUCAAAAUGAAUUACAUGCUUCAUGUUUGUAAAUAGAACUUAAAUUAAAGCUGGAAUUUUAUUUAAUGUAGAGCAUUUUUACACUCUGUAUUAAUGGGGGUUGAAAGUUGAUAUUAAAAAUAAAAACUUUUUUUUUUUAUGGUUUUGAAAAGCAACUAUUCGCAUUCGAUUCGAAUUCGCACAAAUAGUUAUUAUUCGCUUCGCAAUUCGCUUCGCAAUGAAAAUUUGACAUUCGCACAUAUCUAGUACACAAUCUGAAAAUAAUAACGUAACUUAUAAUCUGAUGCAGAAAUCAUAUAGCCAGGUUAUCUGAGAGAAAAAAUAACAUUUUCAUUAUUUUAAGAGGAAGAUAUAGCAUUAGUAUAUACAAAGGACUAUGUUUGUUAAAUUAUGCAUUUUUAUAUUAUUUGAAGAGGAAGCUAGUGUUGGUGAAGGAAAUGUCUUAUCUGUGUAAUGCUAUAGUAGCACUAGUUGGUGUUCAUGGCUGUGCAGUUGUCUAUGGCAUGCGUUGGCAUUUAUGCAUAGCAACAGAGAAAGCAAUCAAAAUGUGUUGGAGUUGAAACUUGUAAUGACAGAGUUGUUAGUAAUGAAGGUUAUUUAGUUACGUAUGAUCUACACAGGGCGUCGGUUUGCUGAGCAAGACUUGUACGUGGUUUUGUGUCACAUUAUCCGGCAGUUCCGGCUGGAGUACAGAGCCACAGAACCUCUCCAGCAGGUCUACAACACGCUGCUGUUUCCCGACAGACCUCUGCAAGUGCAAUUCAAACCCAGAAUGUAGUUAAGUAUUCCUCUCUAAUGAUGUUUUUUUCCUUGAAGUAUAGCACCUAAGUUCAGUUAUAUAUCAGAUAUGUUUUUAAGUUGUUACAUUUAUCUCUUAAUUGAACUUUUCUUAUAUGUAUCUAAACACAGUAUGCAUUUGGAUGAAAAAAUCUUCUUGAAUUUUCGCUUGUUUAGGGAUUUUUAAAAUACAGGAUGUCCAUAAAAUAAUUUCUCAGUUCCUAUGUUAUAUUAUAAAACUUUAAAUUUAGACUAUUUACAACAAAUCAUACAUCAAAACUAACCUAGUUUUUCUUACAAAUGUUCAAAACAGAUUCAAAGCGAUUUGUACCAAUGUUCAACUGGCGAUAUUUACAUGUGUAUUAUUGUAAUUUUAAUAUUUUACGUUACAUAUUCCUUUAUUUACCAAUGCUGAGAUAUUGAGAUUGUUCUAAAAAAUUUGGGAUGAUGCAAUAGUAUGAAAACAGCAAACUACAGAUGCUAAGUUGGAAGUUACCAAUGUUUGGAAAAGAAAGGGGGAAAGUCCCCUCAUAUUUGUUUGUAGAGUAUUUUUAGUGUUGUAACUUGUGCCCUCAUUGGUCAAAGUUUUAAAGUUGUUUUAGUAUUGGCCGACGGCAUCCACACUUCUUUUUUUAUGGACGUAAUUGCUCGGUCACUUGCUGUUCAACCUUUCAUCAGAUGUUUUGAACGAGAUUUCUUUUUUGCAACCACUGUCAGCAGCAUAGGCCUUCAGCGGGCCUUCGUCUUCGCCUGACAACAAUGAAUGGCAUUUUCGAUUUAUACUUCAAAGACAACCGCAAGAUAUAAUUGUUUUUGUUUUGUUUUAAAGUAAUGUUAUAUUGGAUAUUUUUUAUGGAAUUGUGACAUAAGGAAGUCAUUGUGCAAUUUUGGUUAAAGGAAGAAUAAAUCAAGAAAUCUUU